ACCUGCAGGCGCUCAACCUCUCCGGCUGCUACAACGUCACCGACAUCGGCCUGUCACACGCGUUCAUGACGGAGGUGCCGUGCCUGACGCAGCUCAACCUGUCGCUGUGCAAGCAAGUGACGGACACGAGCCUCGGCCGCAUCGCGCAGUACCUCAAGAACCUCGAGGUGCUGGAGCUGGGCGGGUGCUGCAACGUCACCAACACCGGCCUGCUGCUCGUGGCUUGGGGGCUCAAGAAACUCAAGAGACUGAACUUGCGUUCGUGCUGGCACGUCAGCGACCAAGGCAUCGGCCACCUGGCCGGCCUCAACCGCGACACGGCCGACGGCAACCUGGCGCUGGAGUACCUGGGCCUGCAGGACUGCCAGCGGCUGUCGGACGAGGCCCUCAAGCACGUGUCCGUCGGCCUGACGGGGCUCAAGAGCAUCAACCUGAGCUUCUGCGUGUCCAUCACCGACUCGGGCCUCAAGUACCUCGCCAAGAUGGCGUCCCUGCGCGAGCUCAACCUGCGCUCGUGCGACAACAUCUCCGACAUCGGGAUGGCGUACCUGGCGGAGGGUGGCUCGCGCCUGCACUCGCUCGACGUCUCCUUCUGCGACAAGAUCGGCGACCAAGCGCUGGCGCACGUGUCGCAGGGGCUGUUCGGGCUGCGCUCGCUCUCGCUGAGCGCGUGCCACGUGUCGGACGAGGGCCUGUGCCGCAUCGCGCGCACGCUGCACGAGCUGGAGACGCUCAACAUCGGCCAGUGCUCGCGCGUCACCGACCGCGGGCUGCUGGCCAUCGCUGACGCGCUGCCGCGCCUGCGCUCGCUCGACCUGUACGGCUGCACGCGCAUCU